AAUGAUCUCAUGAAAAGUGUGCUUGAUGUGUUGAAGGGAGAGCCACAGUGUACCAAACUUCUUACAGUUGUGCAGGAGACUAUUGUUUUAAAUGAAAAAAAGCCAAAAAUAUACGUAAUUACUCCAACAUAUGCAAGACCAGUUCAAAAGGCAGAAUUAACUAGAUUAUCACAUACUCUAUUACUUGUACCUAAUAUUCAUUGGAUUGUUGUGGAAGAUUCUGUAAAUAAAACAGCUUUAGUGGUUAAUUUGUUGCAAAAGUCAAAAUUGUCAUAUACACAUUUGUAUACACCAACUCCAUUGCCUAUGAAAAUGUCAAAAGAUGAUCCCAGCUGGCUGAAACCUAAAGGUGUUUUGCAACGAAAUUUAGCCUUGAGUUGGCUGAGGAAACAUGCACUCUCUUCGGAAAAAGGGGUUGUAUAUUUUGCUGAUGAUGACAAUACUUAUGAUUUGGAUCUUUUCGAAGAAAUGAGGUAUACUGAAAGAGUUUCUGUAUGGCCUGUAGGACUUGUUGGUGGUCUAAUGGUUGAAAAGCCACUAGUAAAAAAUGGAAAAGUUACUGGUUGGAAUACUAUUUGGAAACCAAACAGGCCAUUUCCUCUUGACAUGGCAGGUUUUGCAGUAAAUGUUACUUUGUUACUGCAACAUCCAGAAGCAGCGUUUAGUCUAUCUGUUCCUCGAGGAUACCAAGAAAGUAAACUUCUGAAAGAUUUAGUUAAAAUUGAACAGCUUGAACCAAAAGCCAACAAUUGCACCAAGGUUCUAGUUUGGCAUACAAGAACAGAAUAUCCAAAAUUAAAGCAGGAAUGGAAAUUAAAAACACGAUCUGAUUUCGGCAUAGAAGUUUGAUGUGUUAAAGUCAUAGAAGUUGAAGUAUAUUAUGUACAUAAUUGUUAUAUUAUUAAAUUGUUUUGUUACAUAUGUCUAUUAAAUUUAUUCAGUUAAAUAUUGUAUUGAUGG